ACAGUCACUAAAACUUAGCUGUAUGCUCUUUUCUUUUGCAGCAUUGCUAUAGCUGCUAGCUAGACUAUAAAUACAUCAACAAAAGUAUGCAUCAGCUCCUAAAAUUUUUGCCCUAGUUGCUUCUAAGCUCAUUAUUCAGAACAUUGUCUCAAACACUUCCACACCAAUCUGAAACAGAAAAAGAAAAGGAGUAUUCUCUAAUUUUUCAAUACAAAAUGUCAAGCAGAAGGUCAAGAUCAAGGCAUUCAUCAACAGUUUCAAGGGUUAAUGAAGAUCAAAUCAAUGAGCUAGUAUCUAAUUUACAACAGCUUCUUCCUGAGCUUCGAAACCGAUGCUCAGACAAGGUUUCAGCAGCAAGGGUAUUGCAAGAGACAUGCAACUACAUCAGAAAUUUGCAUAGAGAAGUUGAUGAUCUUAGUGAGAGGCUUUCUGAAUUGCUAGCAAAUCAAGACACCACUCAAGCAGCGUUAAUUAGAAGCUUGCUUAUGCAGCAGCAGUCUUAAGUAUGAUUCAGUCAAAAUGCAAUUCGAUUUUGUUGUAAUUCCAAUUCUUUAUGCUUUGGAUUUAGUAAAGGAGAGAGAGUUGAUUAAGUCUAGUUUUUUUUUUCCCCCUUUUUCAUGAUUUUGAGGUCCGUUUUUGUGGAAAGCUAACUUUAUUUUCAGAUGUAUCUGAAGUAAAAUAGGAGGGAUCUGAAGUUAGAAAGCUUCCAUUGUCUUUUCUUUUCCUCCUCUAUAAAUUGAUGUAGCAAUUAAUAAUUGUUAUAAUUUGG